AUGUCAGGCAUGGAAGGCCAGGGCGACAACUACGCGACAACGAGCGACGUCGCGAGCCUCCGCACCGACAUGGAGCAGACGCAGGCGACGCUUCGUCGACUCGAGGCUUUUCUGACAAGCCAUCCGGCGCUCGCCACGACAGCAGCAGCGACUGCAACGACUGCAGCACCGACAACUCCAGCAGCAGUGGCGACACCGACAUUUCACGGUCCGAUGGCACCACUGACGCCGAACCUCGAAGCAGCACGACCGAGGCUCCCGGAAGCGUUCGAUCCAAGCGCGAAGGGAUCCGACGUCCGGCCGACACUGUUACGCGGACCAGCACUCGAGUGGAUCUACAACACUGACGUGGCCCGCGGGGAGAAAACGUGGACGCAGUUUCGGGCAGAAUUAAUCGGGCGUUUCGAACCGAUUAAUACUACCUACAUGGUGCGGCAACAAAUUCAUCGGCACAAGCAGUACAGUAGUGUAGCGCAGUACACGCAGCAGAUGGAGCUCCUGUUCACCCGCAUCCCCGACCUGACCGAAGGCGAAAAAAUCCAGGCGUACACAGAAGGGUUAAAAUUGGAGAUUCGGCGGCAGGUGAUCGCGGCGAAUUACGACAGCUACAGGGACAUCGUGCGUGCAGCCGAACGUUACGACGCGCUGACCCGAGGUCAACCCGAAACACGACGUUUCGCGCCGAACCGUACAUUCGGCACGGAGCGAUCGGCACCCCCCACGUUCGCCGAACCGAUGGAUAUCGACAAAUUCGACGUGAAGCAACAGCCGACCAAAUGCGAAUUUUGCGGCGCAGCAGGGCAUCAGAUUUUGUCGUGCUACAAGAUGAAGAAAGUACGUGCGAUCAUGCAGGGCGGUAACAGUGGAGCACCCCCGAAGGGAGAGUUAGAGGCCAAGAAAAAGCCUUUAGAAAUUAUUCAGCAUAGUGUUAAGGCUCCCCGUUGCCCACAGGUGAAGCCUACACAGCUGCAAAGGCUUAGAGGAGACAUCCAGGCUCAGGAGAAAUUAUACAAGCCUCGGAAAAAUCCUCCUACCCCCCAGGUGAAGUUGGAAAGUGCUGAGUCGGGUAUAGGAAGUAGGGAAGGUAUUCAUUUUGAUGUACCCUAUGAUCCUAUUAAUGAGACCCUCUUUGGCUACUCAGCGCAGCAGAAACCACUACUCCUCGAGGUGUUAUGCAAUGGGCGACGCCUCCAGGCAAUGGUGGACAGCGGUGCAUCUCACUCAGUGUGCGACCGCGGAACAUUGGAGAAAAUUGGAGAGAAGGCGGAGGAGACCCAGUUUUCAGCAACCAUGGUGGACGGUACGAAGCUCCCCAUCCACGGCGAAGCAACCUUGCAGCUGCAUAUAGGUGCGUUGAGAUGGAAGCCGAAGCUACCUGUUACCAACAUCAAAGGGUUAGAUUUCAUCUUGGGGCGAGAUUUCCUGAAGCGGUUCAACCCCGAGAUCGACUGGGUCAACAGCAAGAUGUGCAUCUACAACAACGGGAAGCGGAUAGCACUACGAAGCUGGACGGAUACAGGGGACAUACCUGAAACGACACUGGCACGGUUCGAACAGACGGUAAACGAGAGCAACACGGGUUACCUAGCACUGGUCAUGGCUGCAGCAGAAGAGGUGAAAAAGGGUUCCGAGCUACCCGCAGCAGUGAAAAAGGUCUUGGAGCAGUACAAAGACAUCAUGCCCGACGACCUACCUGCAGGCGUACCUCCUGCACGCACCCACGAGCACGAGAUCGUGGAGGAACCAGGUGCGAAACCCGUCUCACGUACACCUUACAGACUGAGUCCGACCGAGCUGACAGACAUGAAAAAACAGAUCGAGUAUCUACUGGACAGACAUCUGACCCGACCAUCCACCUCUCCCUACGGCGCACCAGUUCUCUUCACACCCAAACCAGACGGCAGUUUACGGAUGUGCAUCGACUACCGCGCACUGAACAAACAGACAGUAAAAAACAAAUACCCCAUACCGCGCAUCGACGACUUACUGGACCAACUGCGUGGAGCAACAGUCUUCUCGAAGCUGGACUUACGGUCGGGUUACUGGCAGAUCAAGAUGGCGGACAACUCGAUCCACAAGACGGCGUUCCGUACAAGAUACGGCUCCUACGAAUACUUGGUGAUGCCGUUCGGACUCUGCAACGCACCAGCAACGUUCCAGGCGGAGAUGAACCAUAUUCUACGGCCCCUGCUGGACGAGUGCGUAGUAGUGUGUCUGGACGACAUUCUCAUCUACUCCAAGAACAUGAAGGAGCACGUGGUGUCGUGA